ACAUGGAGCCAGGACCAGAGGCUGUGAAGGAAAAAUCAGCAGAAACAGCCACAAUCUUAUCUGUAGGGAUGGGGGAGAAAUUUGAUUCAGACACAGCUAUCCUUCAAAAUCUGCAGCUUGGGGGAGUUUCAGAAAACUCACUGGCAAGAGGCUGUGCUCAGCACUGAAAGAAAGAUCUUCCCAUAGAUAAGCUGACCUCUGCUGACUUGCCUACAUCUUCACUCUCAGAUGGCACAGGUUUGGCACUUGCAUGGAUCCACAAUGAGGAGUUUCUUCUGUCUGAUUUUCCUUCCAGGUAUCCUGUGUUAUAGCAAGGUGUUAAGCAUUGAACCCAAGUCUCUGACUGCAUGGGAAGGAUCCUGCAUAGUGAUUCCAUGCCAAGUCACAAGAACACAUCAAGGCCUUAAGAUUGAUGACUUGGAACUGGUUUGGUAUUUUAAUCCUGUUUAUGAUCAUGAACAGAAAGAGUAUAACGGUAUCGUGUUGUACCAUGGGUCCAUGUUCUCCACAGACAACCGAGCUCCAAGUAGUCCCCCCUUUCUGGGCCGAGCGAGGUUUGUUGGGAACGACAGAAACUGCAGUCUGAAGAUCUCCGCACUCCAAAAAAGUGACAAAGGCACCUAUGGAGCAAGACUUUACGGUUCAGUUGAAAAUAGGCCUGUCCUACAGAAAUGGUUUAUGGAAGCUACUGUUAAUAUUGAUGACUCAGCACCAAAACCCAUGUUGGAAAGCUUCCCUGUGGAGAUCAAAGAAAAUGAGAGAAUAAAAGUGACCUGCUCGGUCCCUUACCAUUGCCCUGAUGAGCCAGUUGCAUUAACUCUCAGUGGCUUGGAGGAAACACAUACUUCUCCCCUAGAAUCAGUCAUUGAAAAUGGGAAGGUCCAGACUGUGAUGCACUUUACUCCGACUUGGAGGGAUUACCGGAAAACACUGACAUGCUUGCUAAAAGACCACAAUGGGAGGGUGAUAUCCCAGAGCAGCAUGGAACUAGAUGUGAAAUAUGCCCCCCCAGGAGUUAACCUGACUGCGACGCCUGGAAUCGUAGUCCGAGAAGGGGAGAAACUCUCUCUCAAAUGUACGAUCGACAGGAGCAACCCAGAAGUUAAAUACCAAUGGUAUUGGGAGAAUAACAGGAAGCCUGACUGUACCGACUCCAAAAUUGAAUGGGAUGCUGUGGAAGAGCAGGAUUCUGGUCGUUACAGAUGUGAUGCUAUAAAUGAAAUUGGAACUGUCCGUUCAGAAACAUUGACCAUAGAUGUCCAGUACCCACCAAAGGACAUGAAGAUUACAGUUCAAUCUGGGACCAUCAAGAAAGGGGACCAUGUCAGUUUGCAGUGUUCUUCCCGAGGGAAUCCUCCCACCAAUAGUUACAAAUGGUACAAAGGUAGUGCAUCUCACGUAAUCGGAAACGAUGAGUGGCUGAGUUUUGAGGCAAUCCAGCCUGAUAGCUAUUACUGCAUAGCCUACAACAACAUUGGCAAUUCGUCAUCUUCACGCGUCACUUUGGAUGUUCAAUAUGCUCCCAGGAAUGUCCAGCUUACCUUGGAUAACCAUCUGCCCAUAAAAGAAGAAGAAAUCAUCACACUGAACUGCACUGUAGGCAGCAGUAACCCCAGUUACCGCUCCUACAAAUGGUAUAAGUCAGAGAAACCUUUACGUCAUACUAAGCAAGUGUAUAGCUUUUCUGCACCACCUGAAAAGGCCAAGAGUUACAAAUGUGAAGCAUGCAAUGCCGUCAGCUGUACUUCAUCUGCACCACUCAUUGUGGAUGUACACUUUGUCCCUAAGGAGGUGAAAGCUGUGCGAGGACCAGUGGGUCCGAUCAGUGAAGGUAGCUUUUUUCAGCUGAGAUGUGAAGCGGGAGCAGCCAACCCCCAGGAACUCACCUACACAUGGUACAAAGAUAGGCAAAGGCUGCAGCUGGAGUCUAUGCUGACCAUUGAGAAAGUGGAUCUAAGGGAUUCUGGCAGUUACACUUGUGUAGCCAAAAACAGUGUGGGCUCAUCACGCAUCUCAGCAGCUGUUCUGUUGGAUGUCCAAUAUGGGCCUCGUAAUGUCCAAUUGUUCCUGAAUACCCAGGAUGCUAUCAUUGAGGAAAUGAAUGUCUCCUUGCGAUGUGACAGUGAGGCCAAGCCAUCAGCUGAUGUUUAUAAGUGGUACUGGAAUGGACAAUUGCUCCAGGAGACUUCCAAAAUGCUUCAUCUUAAAAAAAUCCAGGUCAAGCAAUCAGGAUCCUAUCACUGCAAAACGGCCAAUUACAUCUCUGAGCAGGAGUCACCAGCCACAGUCCUCACUGUGUACUACAGCAGAGCUGCAAUGGUGAAGCGUGGCCUGAUUGGCCUCGGCAGUGUCCUUGUCGUGAUCAUCCUGAAGGGGAUGCUGUGCUAUGGCCUGUGGAGAUGGAAGAAAAUGACAGAUCCAGGCACAGGCAGGACACAACGACCAGGCUCAUUUUUUGUGAAGAAGGCCAAGGGAGGAAAACUGUGUACUAAUAACAACAGGCCAAGAGUGGGCGGAGCAGAUGGCUCCCUCGGAUUCCUGAACCAGGAUGCAGAAAAUGUGGUUAUUUAUGCAGCACUCAGAUUGCCUCCGAGUUUCUCUGACGACUGCACUGUUUAUUCCAGUAUAAGCAAGCAGAGACCGCCACUGGAUCCUUUGGAUGAAACUGUGGUCUACAGUGUGGUAAAGAAACCAGGGCUCCCCACCAAGGAAGACAGCAAGCCUGACUACGAGAAUGUGGUGAACAAGAAUGAAGAGGAGCUGCAUUACUCUUCCUUGGUGAACCUGGCUCCACAGCCCCGCCCCACCUAUGCAGACUUGGAGACAGACUCCGAAUCGGAGGAGAGUAUCCAGUAUGCAUCCUUGAAGCACUGAUCCUCUUGGUACUAGCUGAGAUCAGGAACUGGGCUCUUUCCCAUCCGUGAUGAGGCGGCGGCAUUGGCUGGGCUUAUAUUAUAGCUUGCUCUUUGCAACCAAGUACAGCCGAGCUUAAGGGGAUAUGGAAGAGAAUCUGACCACACUGGUGUUUGGAUAUAUUGUGCAUCACAGCCAGCACAGGGAAGAUAAAUGGGUGGUGGCCAUGACAGCUCUCCACCUAUCAACACAAUCCAUUGGUGGCUGAGAUAAGCAUCCUGAAGUUGUGUCUUUCGUGUCUGAUUGAAUGGAAAAGAUCUGCUAUUGCCUUCCUCCUUUCUUAUAAGCCAAUCCAUACCUUGGGGCAUUGGAAACUGUUGUAUACACCAGGUCAGAUGAUUUGUUCACCCUGUCCAGUAUCAUCACCUCUGGCUCGGCAGCAUCUCUGCAGGCGGCAGGUCUUUCUCAUCCUCUGCUACCUGGUCCUUUGCAAUGGACAUGCCAUGGAUCGAACUGGGGACCUUGUGUGUUCUUCUGUUGAGCUGUGGUUGCUGGUUAGGGUACUGCUGUGCUUUGACAGGGGCUGAAUCAUGGGAACUACAGUUUGUGGUGUUGGGAAUUGUUUGGAGACAAUCUCAAUUCCCCUCACAGAGCUACAAUUCCCAGAGUUCCCUGGGAAGAGAGUUUGUUAGUUCAGCUGCUCUGGGGAUUGUAGCUGUGUGAAGGGAACAGGGGUUUCCUAACAGCUGUCAGCACCCUUCACAAACUAUAGUUCCUAGGAUUUUGGGGGGAAGACAGGCCUAUAUAAAGUGGUAUAAGAGUGUUUUAAAUGUAUGGUGUGGAUGUAACUCUCCAAGGUGUCAGAGAGGAGUCCUGCUACUUAAUGUAGAGACCAUGGAUUGAAGAUGGGGCAUUCUGCAUGCCAAGCAUAUAUACUCUGCCACUUAACCAUGGCUAUCCCUAAGCUUGUUGUAGAUUUGUGGGUCUAUGAGCCCUGUUUGGCCAGUAACUAGCGCAAGACAUCUAUAGCUGAACAUUUAGUAUUACAUCUUUGCCUUUCUUGUUUCACUCAGUUGUAAUUUGUUCAUUUUCACAUGAUGGCAAAUUCAUGAAGUUUGCUUUUGCAUCCGGCUAUUGAUUGAACAAACAAUCAUCUCCAGUGUUUUGCAAAACUUUCUCCUAGCAGCAGUUAUCAUAUCUGAAAGUAGUUUAUGGUAGGCAGUUGUAUAGCCUUUGUAUCAUAUGGCAGAAAUACUAAUGGAUCCUAUGAUAGCUUUAAUCCAGGUAUCAUAUCUCAGUCGCUCCAUUUAUUCUUUUCUACAGUGUUGUUGCAGGUGGGCAGGCCUGCCGCAAAUAUACAUAUCUGCUGCUUUCCACGUGACACUUUCAACAAACAGGGAUUGCAUAUAUCUGAUAUCUGGCAUAACUUCUUUGAUGUAAUAUGCUAUUCUGCCAUUCAUUUAAAACACAUUUCUUUUUGAUUAGUAUAUGAUGGAAAUUCACACAUUGUCACACACACACACACGUACACACACAUUCCCCUGUACCAAAAUGGAAACCAAGCUUUAGUUUCCAGUUACCUUAUCAUGCCCUCUAAUUGAGUGCCUACUUUAUUAGUUUGGAAGCAAAAUGGGACCAGCCCAAACUAACGGAAUAGUUUCUACUUACUUGGAGGGGGACAGGUUCCCCUUGCUAUGCAGAGAUACAUAUCUAUGAGAGAAGCUCUACAAAAGGAAGGGCAAUAUAGAAAUAGCAUGCAAUAGAUAACAUGGGCAGUUUUAAAGGAAAAUUUAAAUCCCCCAUGAUAUAAGGACUGUAAAUAUUCAGGACAGACAAAAUAUUGAGGUGAUAGUUUCAAGGGUGGAGAAACCAACCUGGCUGGCUUUAAAAGAGGGUUGAACAAAUCCAUGGGGAAUAAAGCUGUCAAUAGCUACUAACCCUCAUGGCUAUGUUCUAUCUUUACUAUUAGAGGCAGUAUGCUUUUAAAUAUCUGUCGCUGGAAACCUCAGGAGGGAAGAGUAUUGUGCUCAGGUCCUGCUAGUGGGCAUCCCAUUGGCAUCUGGCUGGCCACUGUGAGGAUGGUGGGCUAGAUGGGCUACUGGCUUGAACCAGGAGCUAGGAACUUCUUAUGGAUGGGUGAAACUGGCUUGCUCAAACCCCUAACAACUUAUAGUAAGGAUUAUGGAAGCAGGGAAUUAGAGCUGUGGGGAUGUACGCUAUGAGGUUAAAAAAACAAACAAACCCUCCCCUGCUUGCACUACGCAGGGAUGUGACUCAUCUGAUUUUUUUUGUUGUUUCAAGAAAUCUCACAGUGUACCUUGCACAUAUACAUAGAAUUUUAC